AGAGAGCCGAGGGAAGUCCCGGAAUCUUGCAAUGUUGAUUCCGUGCUCGUCGUCAUCAAAAAAUCCGCCGAAUCUAGCUGCCGUUAUUUGCGAUUAGUCGAUGAGCUGCAAAUGGGUGCUGAGCCAUAGGGUGCCUGGUGUCCCUGGCUUCCCCGCCAGCUGAAGUCGUGCAAUGGCGUGCUUCGUAUCUUGUGACGUGCUCGAAUCGAGACAUCUCUGACACACACACACACACACAGCCGCGAUGCCAGAGGAUACAGCGGAGCCAGAGUCAGAGCCAGAGCCCAGGAUCACACCCCACGGGACUGAUACCAGUUGAAGCUUGGGGUGUACAUGACCUCCACAGUCUGCCAAAGCGUGACAGGACCAAAGCUGCGCACACACCACCCCAUUGUCUGGCAGCCAGUCUGCCUCGGUCUUGUUGAUCUGCUCGCGAGAAAAACUGAGUUUGAAUAGUGUAUUGGGUGUUGAUCGGGCUUACGCAAGGACCAUGAGUGUCUCCGCAAUCAUGUCCAUUCGCCGCAUUUGGUGUGCGCGUUACGGUUUCGAAUGCAAUCCGUCCGUGUACUGGUGGUAGUUUCACAUCUGAGCUCGGAAGACAGGGAUGCGAUCGAGUCGGUGAGUUUGUCAGGAACAAGGUGUGGUGCAGUUGAUAAAUUGUAUGCAAGGGAGAAGAUGGCGCGGAGUAACUUCUGGGCGAAAUAUUGGUGCUACAGGCCUUUUGAUCACAGCAGUCUGUGCAGACCCAUAGGGGGUGUCAAGAGACCUGGAGCAUGGCGCAGAUUUUCAUUAGGAGAGUUGUGCGCGGCAACGAAUAAUUUCAACUACGACAAUAAACUCGGGGAAGGUGUAAUAGGUAGCGUUUACUGGGGUCAGCUUGCAAGUGGCGACCAGAUUGCAGUGAAAAGGUUGAAGGUGUGGAGUGCCAAGGCAGAUCGGGACUUCGCUGUGGAGAUUGAGAUCCUCGGCCGAGUUCGACACAAGAACCUGUUAAGUCUGCUGGGUUACUGCGCGGAGGGACAGGAGCGAUUGAUCGUGUAUGAGUACAUGCCAAAUUUCAGCCUCUACUCGCACUUACAUGGCCACUUGGCUGUUGAUUCCACCAUGGACUGGGCGCAAAGAAUGAACAUUGCACUUGGUACCGCUGAAGCUCUCGCCUACUUGCAUCAUUCUGCAACACCCAACAUUACUCAUCGCAACCUCAAGUCUAGCAACAUUCUCUUGGACGACAAGCUUAAUCCGCUAGUAGCCGAUUUUGGCUUGGCCAUGCUCAUCCCCGAAGUUACAGCACCGAAAGCAAUCUCGGUAUACUCAGAUUCCAAGUCGGGAAAAGCCUCGGAAAUCUGGGAUGUCUUCAGCUUCGGUGUUCUGCUGAUGGAGCUCAUAAGUGGGAAGAAGCGUGCCGGGCAAUUAGUUAGCGGAGAAAAGCAAGCUAUAAGGGAAUGGGCUGAGCCUCUACUGCAAGAAGGACAAUUUCAUAACCUCCUGGAUGCAAAACUGCAAGGCAAUUAUCGAGAGGACAAGCUUGCAAGACUCGUGCAGAUUGCAGCUCUUUGCUUACAAAGCGAAGCUGAAGAGGGGCCAUCCAUGCAAGAUGUGGUGGAAAUGCUCCAGGGAACACAAGACUUGGAUAAGUCUCACCAUGGUAAAGAUGGGCUGCAUCUUGAAGAUGCCUGUCAUUUCUAAGCGUAGUGAAGGCACUAAUUCUGAUAACAUUUCAAUGUCAGCACUUGUAGUGUAGAUUCGUGCUUCAAAUUAGUAGCCUAGGCACAAGAAAAUUUGGAAAUAUUGACUUUAUUUUGAUCAAAAUAUAGUUCAGAGAGUAAUUCAAUACAUUAUACAUAUCACAUUAUCUUUCAAA